AUGGACCACGGGAAACCGCAGGGCUGGUCGACCAGUUCCUCUGAUUUGGAGAAGAAUGUCAUAUUCCACGAACAUCAGACCGCGGAUGCAGUAACACAACGUGACGCCUCGAAUACAGUGGACUGGGAUGGACGCGAUGAUCCUGCACGUCCAAUUAACUGGAAUGGCAGAAAGAAGUGGGUGAACGUGGCGAGCGUUGCCAUGCUCACGUUUCUUACGCCCUUGGCUUCGUCCAUGGUCGCACCCGCCCAAGCACUGGUCAUGGAUAGCUUCGACAUCACCAGCGAUACCUUGGGCAGCUUUGUCAUUUCGAUCUAUCUGGUUGGCUUCGCGGUCGGUCCACUCGUGUUGGGGCCACUGUCCGAGAUCUACGGCCGUCUGCGGAUCUAUCAGAUGUGCAAUGUCGUCUUCAUUAUCUGGAAUAUCGCGUGUGCAGUGACUCCGAAUGUCGGCUCACUCCUUGCUUUCAGACUAUUUGCUGGUUUAGCUGGGAGUUGUCCACUUACCUUGGGUGCUGGAUCUAUCGCCGACUUAUUUAUUGCGGAGGAACGGGGAGCAGCCAUGUCAGUCUGGUCAAUGGGUCCCCUAAUGGGGCCAGUGGUCGGUCCUAUUGCGGGGGGGUAUCUGUCCGAGGCAGUGGGAUGGAGGUGGAUCUUCUGGGUCAUUGCCAUGGCAGCCGGCGGGGUGUUUGCCUUCUCCGUUCUCUUUCAAACAGAAAGCUACGAGCCGGUCCUUCUUCAGCAACGAGUUGACCGGCUGAGCAAAGAAACCGGAAAUGCUGAACUGCGAUCAAAGCUGGCCCCGAACAUCAGACCACGAGAGAAUUUCAUCCGGUCCAUUGUCCGACCGACGAAGAUGCUGCUUCUUUCGCCCAUCGUGUUGCUCUUCUCCAUCUACAUCGCGAUGGGCUAUGGCUACCUCUAUUUGCUUUUCACCACUAUCACCUCCGUCUUCAUGACGAACUACCACUUCUCCCAGGGUGCCGCCGGGCUCACCUAUCUGGGCAUCGGCAUCGGCUCCCUCGUUGGCCUCCUCGUCUUCGGCUCCGUCUCCGAUAGAAUCCUCAUCUACCUCACCAAGAGAAACAACGGCGUCGCGGAGCCCGAGUUCCGCAUGCCCCCCCUCAUUCCAGGAAGCCUCUUUGUUCCGAUUGGCCUCUUCUGGUAUGGCUGGUCCGUCGAACGACAACUGCACUGGAUGAUUCCCAUCAUCGGGACCGGGUUCGUGGGGUUCGGCAUCCUAGCGGCCUUCCUGUCCACGCAGACAUAUCUCGUCGAUGCAUUUAGCGAGCAUGCAGCUUCUGUCACAGCCUCAAUGACGGUGAUCCGAUCGUUAGCUGGGGCGUUCUUGCCGCUGGCGGGGCCGGCGAUGUAUGCGCGGCUAGGUCUCGGGUGGGGGAAUUCGAUGCUGGGAUUUAUCGCGUUGGCCAUGUGGCCGCUUCCUGUGUUCUUUUUUUGUUAUGGGAAGAGGAUUCGGGCGCUUCCGUUGUUCAAUGUGACGUUUUGA